GGAGGAAAUUUAGGAGGAGUGUCCGGGGGGCAGCAACUUAAAAGGCGGAGGGAACUGCGGCUAAAGAGACUUUCGGGGAUGGGAGCGCAAUAUUUGAGAGGAUACGGUACCUCUGGUUUAAAAGAGCAGGAAGCUGAGUGAGAGGUUGGAGAAAAAGUGUCUUCGCUAGGCGGAGGUUACAGGUGGUGUCUCGGAAAGAGCUCUGAGGCUGCAGGCUGUAGUCGAGAAGAGGAUCAGAGAACUGUGUGUGGAAGGAACAGCUAGGGGGCUAGUGCCCCGGAGCGCGCGGAGUGGGGGAGUUCUCGACUUUCUGAAGACUGGCAGGAAUGUGCCUCCUGGCCCUCAGUGCUUCCCCCCUCGGGGGAGGCAUCGUGAGGGACUGUGGCAGGCUCCUCUGAACGCUGAGCGGCGGAGGUCCAACUCCACGUAUGGAUCCAGGGAAUGAGAAUUCAGCCACAGAGGCUGACGCGAUCAUAGACCUCGACCCCGACUUCGAACCCCAGAGCCGUCCCCGCUCCUGCACCUGGCCCCUUCCCCGACCUGAGCUCGCUACCGAGCCCUCCGAACCGCCCGAGGUGGAGCCAGGUCUGGGAGAGAAGGUACACCCGGAGGGGCGCUCGGAGCCGAUCCUGUUGCCCUCUCGGCUUCCAGAGCCGGCAGGGGGCCCCCAGCCCGCGAUCCUAGGAGCUGUAACAGGUCCUCGGAAGGGAGGCUCCCGCCGGAAUGCCUGGGGAAAUCAGUCAUAUGCAGAACUCAUCAGCCAGGCCAUUGAAAGCGCCCCGGAGAAGCGACUGACACUGGCCCAGAUCUAUGAGUGGAUGGUCCGCACUGUGCCCUACUUCAAGGACAAGGGUGACAGCAACAGCUCAGCAGGAUGGAAGAACUCGAUCCGUCACAACCUGUCCCUGCACAGCAAAUUCAUCAAGGUUCACAACGAAGCCACCGGCAAGAGCUCUUGGUGGAUGCUGAACCCGGAGGGAGGCAAGAGUGGCAAGGCACCCCGCCGCAGGGCAGCCUCCAUGGAUAGCAGCAGCAAGCUGCUCCGUGGCCGCAGCAAGGCCCCCAAGAAGAAACCAACCGUGCUGCCAGCUCCACCUGAAGGUGCCACUCCAAAGAGUCCUGUGGGCCAUUUCUCCAAGUGGUCAGGUAGCCCUUGCUCUCGAAGCCGUGAGGAAGCCGAUGUGUGGACCGCCUUCCGUCCACGGAGCAGUUCAAAUGCUAGCACUGUCAGCACUCGGCUCUCCCCCAUGAGACCAGAGCCUGAGGUGCUGGCAGAGGAGGAAAUGCCAGCCUCUGUCAGCAGCUACGCCGGGGGAGUCCCCCCUACCCUUAAUGAAGACCUGGAGCUGUUAGACGGGCUCAAUCUUGCAUCUUCCCAUUCCCUGCUAUCUCGGAAUAGUCUCUCUGGCUUCUCUUUGCAGCAUCCUGGGGUUCCGGGCCCCUUGCACACCUACAGCACCUCCCUCUUUAGCCCAGCAGAGGGGCCCCUGUCAGCAGAAGGGUGCUUCUCAAGCUCCCAGUCUCUGGAGGCCCUGCUCACCUCUGACACGCCACCACCCCCUGCCGAUGUCCUCAUGACCCAGGUAGAUCCAAUUCUGUCCCAAGCUCCAACACUUCUGUUGCUGGGAGGGAUACCUUCUUCCAGUAAGGUAGCCACAGGAGUUGGCCUGUGUCCCAAGCCCCUAGAGGCUGCAGGCCCAAGUGGUCUGGUUCCCAGCCUUUCUAUGCUAACACCCCCUCCAGUCAUGGGGGAUGCGUCCGUCCCCAAGACCCUGGGGACUCCCAUGUUCACACCCCCUACUGAAGCUCCAAGCCAAGACAGAAUGCCUCAGGAUCUAGAUCUUGAUAUGUAUAUGGAGAACCUGGAGUGUGACAUGGAUAACAUUAUCAGCGACCUCAUGGAUGGGGGCGAGGGACUGGACUUCAACUUUGAGCCAGAUCCCUGAGCCAUGGCUGGAAGCUUUGGCCCCUGCUUCAGAGGUGGAGUCAGGCGUGUCCAAAUCCACUCUUUACCCUUGACCCCUCCCCGGGAAUUGGGACCCUACUUUAGAGCUAGAGUGGGGUCUGUUCACAUGGGUGUUGAGGAAAUUAUAAAGGAAAGCUGCCUCAAGGGGACUGGGGCGGGGGGAGGGA